GUACUUGUGUUGUGUAUGUGUAUGUGUAGUAUCGUAAUCGCAAAUUUGCAAAUAAAUUUAAGUGAAAUAAUUUAAGUGUUCUAAAAGUUCUGAAAUAUAAGCAUUACUGGUGUAUACGCUAACAGUACGCAAUGGCUGCAGCUGGAUUGGUUGUAUUCGCUUUGCCGCAGUAUUGUUUUUAGCUUCAGGUUAGAUAAGUUUUUAUUUUUGUAAGAAUAAUGAUUUACAUAUUUUAGAUCUAAAGAAAAAUAUAUUAGAACUAUAUCGUACACCCUAUCCUUACAGUGACAUGCACUUAAAAUUAGCAAAUUAUGAAAAUCUAUAUGAGGUUAUUUUUCAAAGAGUAUCCAAAUUUUAUAUAUAAAGUUCAAAUAUCUAAAUAAGGAUAUACCGUUAUUGCAGUUUUUCAAAAAAUAGUCUUCUACUUUUAUUUGGAAUUAUCCUAAAUUGGAUGUAAAUUAUGGGUAACAACUAUGCGUAUGCGGCGCUCCUUCGUGUGCGAUUCAAUUUACAACGUUUUUGACCCUUACGAAUGUGUGCGUGCGUAGUAAAAUAGUAGGCGUUAGAUAUUUCUAAAUGACAAUCAGUUUUUACCACGAAUUUUGAAUUGAAAAGAUAAAAAAGACCGAAUGAUUGAGAUUUUUUAAAUUAAUUUUUCUUCACCAUUCGACUAUAUUACUUAUUUUGAACCUUCUCUGUUAAUUUGGGCGUAUAUUGCAAAAUAACCAUGUAUAUUAAUACGUAAAGAAAAAACUUUGUACCCCUUUUUAAUAAUAUUGCAUGCAAGAAGGAGUGUGAAAUUUGGCAUAGUGAAAGUUUAUAUGGAGUAGGAUAUAUAUAAUAUGUGUUACAAAUACAUACUACAUACAUUAAAUGAAAUAAAAUAAAACAUUCAUUGUUUACUUUUAUAUUGUCAAUAUCAAAGAGGUACAUACAGGGUUAUUUUUCAAAGAGUAGUCAAAUUUUAAACUUAAUUUCAAAUAUAUAAAUAAUAAUAUACCGUUAUUGCAGUUUUUGAAAAUACGAGUAAAUGAGGCUUUUACUUUUAUUUGAAAUUAUCCCAAAUUGAAUGUGAUUUAUGGGAAACAACGUUUUUGCCUACCGGUCGCCCUUACGAAUGUGUGCUUGUGCAGUAAAAUCAAUUAAAAUAAUUUAUUACCACACAUUUUGAAUUUUAAAAGAUAAAAUGGACAGAAAAUGUGUGAGUUUUUUCUUAAUAACUUUCUUCACCAUUUGCCUAUAUACUUAUUCUGAACCCUCUGCAAAUUCGGCCGGUUAUUGCAAAAUAACCCUGUAUACAAAGCAGAACAUUUUUUAGAAGUAAGAGUGACGAAUGAACAUACAGUCCGUUCACCUGUCUAACUGAAUGCUGUGGCCCAUUGACAUCUACUCUCAAUUAAAAUCAAAGUUCGUUCUCACCUCUGAGGAUCAAGAUAAAAUGCGUCGGUACCAGUCAAAAGGAACUCGGUUCUCGGCACUCACUAUACAAAACACGGCAGCAUUAUGCUGCCUUUUCGCGCUGAUAUUCUGUGCGAUCGUGGCCCUUCCCUGGUCAAGCAGAACCAUACUUGCUGCAGCAAUAACACAGCUGCAGCGAAUCUCCUCCGCGUACAAAGAAAGAAAAUAAUUAAGUCGUUGUCAUUACGACCGCGACUUAUAGUUACGACUCGUUAUGAUUUUCAUUCAUUCAUUACAGCCUUUCAAAUACCUGUGCUGAACAUAGGCUCAUCCAUAGAUUGGCUUAUAAGAGAGAUAUGCCAUAGUUGCAACUCUGGCCGGCGGGUUAACGACCGCAAUUUUUUAUUUUCUAGUUGUGAUUAAGACGCUGCUGCUCAUCUUGUGGUUUAUUUCCCUCUUUCGCCGCUAACAAAAGCCACGGGGCGAUAUAGGGUAGUGGUUAUUCUGAGAUCGCCACUACUAGUGAAACAUAUGAUUUG